AUGGCCGAUAAUCUGAAGUUGCGACUCUCGCGCUGCGAACUUCAAUUCAUUUCAGCUGUCUCAGAAAGUCCUGAGGCGAUUCAAUUGUUUUAUCAAACAUGGUCCAACCUUCAACUAGACCUCGAAGAAGCAGUGAAGAGUGAAAGUGUGGACGACGUAACCUUGGAACUGGCUUUCCAGGUUGCGUCUAGGGUGGAGAUUUUUGCCGAACGAUUUUCGGAUCUUUUUGCUGCAGUUGACACCCUCGCCGUAGAGUUCCGAAAUGACUUGGACGCUGUCUUUUCUGGCCUUCUUAUUGAUGAGUCCCUUAUCACUCAACCUGGGAUGGGCCUGGAGGAGGCGCCUGUUCGUUCUCCAAGAUCCUCGAAUACGUGCCCGCAAUACAUCGAGCAUGCCUACAAGUGGCUAUUGCGAAAUUUGCACAACCCAUAUCCCACCAGGGAAGACAAAGCGUCUUUCCUUCGACAUACGACUUCGACCAAAUGCGAUUUAGACCAUUGGUUUGUUGAUGCACGAAAGCGGAUGGGCUGGAAUUCACUCCGCAAAAGCCGAUUUUCUAAUAGACGGGUGGACAUAAUCGAUGCUGCUACGAGAUUUUUCUUCCAAUCCGAUGCGAAGCGGCCUUUGGAUCCUGGCGUAGAACUCGAAUUUGCAGAAAUUGAGGCCCGAGCAAAAGACUUGUACUCCGACAAGUUCAUCGAGAGUCCACUAGCUAUUAAGCUUGAUGUGGCGGUGAAGGAUUUGACUUCAGACAUAAAGAAACAGGUGAAGGACCAAAAGAAACGCCUCAAACAAGCAAACAGGUCAAUGCGUGACGCGUUGUGCUACCCUUCGCCUGAACGGUCACCUGGGACCUCUCCAGAACGGAACCUGCACUCCCAGGAUGACCUGUGUCAAAUAAGCAUUGGUCAAAACAACUUGAAUCUCAAGCGCUCAAGUUCCUCAUCUGAGCCCGUUGACUCUGACAACGCAGAAAGACCCCAUAAGCGUACACGGCUCGACCCCUCAUCCUCUUCCUCCGACAAUGCUUGCCUACCAUCUCCGGCUCCCUCACUACAUGAAAUUUCCGACGAUUGUGGGGUGCUGCCUUCUACCGUGACUCCGUUAAAUGUUGCGCCUUCAUUGACAAUACCAAGUAAGAAGAGAAAACGAUGCUUAUCUGACGUUGGUCAGGACGGUCCCAAACGUCCCCCAAAUAGCCGUGUCACCCCUCGCUUACAAACGGCGUCCGAUCCUUUCCCCACAUCCAAGGCGAUUCCUUCCUUCGACGAAUGGUACCAAAAUACCUUCACUGCUGCCCACCGUGACAUCCCAGAUGCAGUCAGCGUCAAGGCUCCCGAUGCCAGUACACCAUUGGACAUUGAGAUUUACAAUUUCGCCCCAUAUCACGCUCAGGCAACAUUGUCUCCAGCUGCUUCUUUGUCCGAUUCCGUUAUCACGGUGGCUACGCCCACCACGGAGAGCGACUACAUGUGUAAUGGCAGGGCUACCUUUUCCUGGUUUGAAUUUGACCAUUGCAGCUUCCCUGAACUUAUUUCCCCCGAAGUGAACCCAGCAUCUAACAAUGAAUUGUCGUUGCCGUUUAACUUCUGUGAUCCAUCCACCGACGAAGUCGUUUCUCGAUCAAUCUUACCACUUCUCGAUUGGAGGGAUUGCAGUUCCUUGUCUCAGACUGCAGUCUCGCCACCCCACAGCAUUCUUCGAAGUAACUCCAAAUCACCAGAUGUGAUGGCCUUCGGCCUUGACCUAACCAACGCGUUUACGGGUAUUACUUACUCGUUACAGUCCUACAAAGAAGAAAAGCAAAUGGAGCCUUUUGCGAUGCAACCGAGACUUUCGGUUCUCGAAGGAGAGCUCGCCGCCACUCCACGAUAA